AUGGUGUUCCUUCAAGCAGAAUUCGAAGAGCAGAACCAUUCUGGACACCUCGUGUUUAUGCUGGCAGUUAACCUGGCCGGCGGCAUCCACCUCCUCUACGGGGGAACGCCUGCACUGCACGACGUUCUGUUUAGGCAUUGCCACCAUCGGAGCCGAAUGCAAACCUGCCCGUAUGAUGAUAGAACACUCUCUUGUGCACGCAGAGCCAGGCUCCAAGAAGAAUGUCGGAACUCGGAACUUGGCGUUGAGGGCGCGAUGCUGAUCUGCUCGAUGGCCUAUAGCAGCGGUUCUUGUGGAGUUGCAAAAGAGUCAUUUUUGUCUGAUCUUUGA